AAAAAUCGCCAUCACGCCGGCUUUUGGGAAAUGAGCAUCUCAUAAUCGUUGCUAGCUUUUACUCGGCCCGUUGGCCGAUUAAUUUGCUUUAUAAAACUUUCAUCUUGUCAUCAUUGUGAUUUCUGGUUUUUUGCCAAGCCAUGAAAAAAUCUAAAGAAAUCAAGAAUGAACAACACGAUUUGGAAUAGGAAACACCGUUCCUGUAUCCCUAGAAUAAUUAGACUUGAUCAUAAAUUAGACCUGAUCAAAACAGGCCAAAAUUUGAAAUUCAGCUUGUUUGACCUACCCAUGCCAAACUCUAAUUAUUCUUUACUUUUAAACUUUCUAUUUGAAAAUAAAAAAUAAUGAAAGUAAAGAGAUGAUGGCAAUUCACCAUUUGCACAUCACUGAUUCGGGAAUAAAACUAUAGAAUUUCGAAAGGAAACUGAAAAUAUUUAGGAUCGUUUUAAUGUUAAAAAUAACCAAAUAGAUCUUUCUGUUUAGUUUUUUACUAACAAAUACCAAACGAUUUCCUAUAAUAUACACUAUAAUUUAAUCAUUAUGAUAUCAAAUAAUUACAUAAUAUAUAUUUGAAAUGAUAAAAAUUGGACUAAUUGGGUUGGUCGAGGUUGAACUACUGAAUAACUUUAAAAUAUAUUAUAUUUUAGCCACUAAGAUAUAAAAUAAUAGCAUAAUAUAUACUAUGCUAGAGAAAAUAGCUUGUUUUAGAAUGACAAACUCAUGAUGUUUAUUUGUUUUACUUGAUGGGCAAAUCCCAUGUAGGUCAGGCCCAUUCAGCUCUUUUAUUUUAUGAUUAGCGGUUAGUCCAUUAGAAUCCAUGCAUUAGUUUAUUGUUAAUUUUUUUCUUUUUAGGAAUAAAAAGGAGUAUUGUUUUUUCCUUUUCAUAUAUAUUUUACCACCACGGAGAAAUAAAAGGACUUAAAGAAAAAAAUUGACACUCCUGGACCCGUUUAAAUCCGCAUGUCUACGGUAAGUUGGCCCGUUCCACAGAGGAAAAAGGAAAAAAUUGACACUCCCUAUUCUAUCCUUCCUACAAACGCUCAUGGAACAGGGAAUUUGAAAUGGGGGAAGGGUUUUUUCCUCUUUGCGAUUAUAUGUUUUAAAUUUAAAAAGAUACAACAAAUGUACUUAGUGUGAUUUGUUAUGAUCUUUGCUUUUCUUUAAAGUGGUCAUGGUUCGAAUCCUAGUAAGUGUCUUUUUAAUGAAUAAAAAAAAAGUAAUUGUAAAGACCAAAAUGUCCUUCCUACUUUCACUCUGGAUACAGGAAAUUUGAAAUGGGGCUUCAAGUUUUCGUCGAAUCCUAAUUUAUAAAUAAAUAUUACUUCAAUAUUUGGCAAAAGAAAAGUAUAAAAAAUCAACAGAUAAAACACCAAAAAACACAGUCAAAAUAAAAACCAUGUCAAUAAGGAAUUCAUGUUGAACAAAGUUGGCCUAGAUUAGGUUAUGACAGUUAAGUUUUUUUUUUUACUGUCUAUGGAAAGAACGAGUCCUAUGGAAAGGGAACCCUAACAAAGGUUAUAAUCCUCCAAUGUCUGCCACACUCUCUCUAUUUUUACCACAAAUUUUCUCUAGUUAUCUCAAGCCAUUAACUUUUCUCUUAACAAAGUUCAAACUAACACAAAAAAGUAAAAACAGAGAAAAAAAACACCAAAAAAAGAACACCUACUCUCUCAACCUUUCAGAAAGAAAAGCUUCUUGUAUCUAAGGGUAGAGAGAUAAUGGAAGAUGAGAGCCAUGGAAAUUGCAGAAGCAAUUAUCCGACCACGACGACGACUAGAGAAAAUUCAGAAGGCGGUAAUAACAACAACUGUUCGUCACUAAAGAUAUUCAAUAGCGACCACAACAUCAAUAGCGUCGGUUCUAACACUAUACCCGUCACCAAUAAUGUUACUACCACGACGACGACAAACACAACUCAUCAUCAUACAACUCUCAACAAGGAGCAAGAUCGUUUCCUACCCAUUGCCAACGUGGGCAGGAUCAUGAAGAAAGUGAUACCGCAGAACGGGAAGAUCUCGAAAGAAGCCAAGGAAACCGUUCAGGAAUGCGUAUCGGAGUUCAUCAGCUUCGUGACCGGAGAAGCCUCCGAUAAAUGUCAGAGGGAGAAGAGGAAGACGAUCAACGGUGACGAUAUCAUAUGGGCCAUAACGACGCUAGGGUUUGAAGAUUACGUUGCGCCGCUCAAAACGUACCUCAGCAAGUACAGAGAGAUUGAAGGCGAGAAACUCAACUUGCCGAAACAACAACGAGUCGAGCCCAGGUUACCGCAACAACAACAUCUACAACAUCAACAACAACCGCAUCACAAUCAUCAGCAUCAAGUUCUUCAUCAUCAAGAUGGUGAAGUAGUGCAACAAAAUAUUCAUCAGUACAAUCUUAAUAACAACAAUGUAUAUUCUUCCAUGAAUCUUCUGUCGCAACCAACUUCUUUUGUCGCCACAGAUCAAACAUAUUCAUUAACUUUCUCCCCUCCUACUUCACUUCCAAAACAAUUACAGCAACAGGAUGAACUUGAUUCAGUCAGGCAGUGGUAAGAAGAAGAAAAAGUACAUAGGGUAAAUAAUGGGGGAAAUGAUUUUUAAUUCUUUUAUUUUUAAUUCUCAAUGUUAAUUGUCUAUUUGGAGAUGAUAUAAUUACAUAAUUAAAACAGUAUAUAAAUCAAGAUCACAAAUUAUUUGAUGUUUACAUAAUCAGUUCUAUCACGUAGGAAAGUCAUUACAUAUUAAUUACCGCAACAAACAAAACAUUCAUUACACAUUGAUUCAUUCUGUUGUCACAUAUUUGAAAAAUGAGUGCAUUUUAAUAAUUUGAAUUGAUCAUACAUGUAUGAUACUCGAUCUAAUACAUUAUUUUCUUAUAUAUUAUACAAGUUCAAAACAUCCGUGCACUUUAUAGAAGUUUGUAUAGACUCAUCAUACCACGCAUAAUGUAUGCAUAUUAAAUACAAUGAUGGUUUCGUU